AGCUUGAGCUUUGCAACUAACAAACCUCGAAUUGGCAAACGCUUCCGUGAAAACAGUUUUGUGAAUUUUCAACCCGUAAACCGAUGCAACUCAGCCUGAAAUGAACCCACUCGUUGAUAUGAGGAUCGGGCCCGCUAAGUGCCAUGACGUCAAUGACUGAGAAUGUUUGCCAGGUUUCAACGCUUGAGCUCGAGCUUUUUGGUGGGCUUCUAAACGCCAAACCUUGACGAUGACCUCAAAGAACGAAACGGGCUUUGGAUUCCGACUUGGCAUGCCAAACAACUCCCAUAAAUUUAUUUCCAAAUUCUGAUUCUGCCCAUUUUCAACUUCCAGGAAUACAACACCCUUUCCUUCACCCAAAUCCCGCACAUCGCCCGCCGACGUUGCAAAUCGCCACACAAUGUCGUCUUCUGGGCUGGGGCCAGCCUUCAUAGGCGCAAUCCAGGCCUCGCUCUCCGUACUUCUCACCAUAUUCUACGGAGUCAUCGCCUCUCAGUUCAAGCUUCUCGAUUCGGACGCAGGACGUCAGGUCUCGAAAGCAUGCGUCAAGAUAUUCCUCCCGGCGCUCCUCAUGACCAAGCUCGGUGACCAACUGAGCAUUGAAGUGGUAGGGCGAUACCUGCCCAUCCUGCUGUGGUCCGUGGUUUGCAACACCUUGUCCAUCUGCCUCGGAAAACUGCUGGAGAAGACGCUGCCGCAAUCCUGGGAGAUGCCGGCGUGGACGACUCCAGCGAUUGCAUUCAACAACACCACCUCGAUGCCUCUGCUGCUGAUCCAGGCGCUGGAGAAGACGGGAAUCCUGAGCAGCAUCUUGAUCCCUGGGGGAAGCGACAGUAUGGACGAUGCCGUCCAGCGGGCCAAGACGUACUUUCUCAUCAACACCAUGGUUAGUAAUUCCAUCACCUUUGCGCUCGGCCCGAAACUGCUCAGUGCGGAUGCGGAGGAUCCACCGUCUGGAAAACCUGCCGACCAAGAUUCUGAGAGUGACGACGAAGAGGACGGCGGCGCCGAUGAACGCACCUCGCUCCUCCCCUCUCCUGUCCUGCGAAGAGGUCGCCGGGCCUCGCGCAAAGUGCAUUCCCAUCUGCGCGCUAUCCACCAGUCUCUCCCUCACCCGGUACAGGUCGUCCUGCAUCACGUCGCGCCGUUCGCCAACGCACCAGUCUUUGGUGCCGCAGCAGGAUUCAUCAUCGGCCUGACCCCACCGUUGAAGAUGGCCUUCUUUGCGGAUCCCUUCGAGGGCGGCUUCUUCAGCGCAUGGAUAACCACGUCGCUCCAGAAUAUUGGAGAUCUUUUUGCAUCUCUGCAGGUCAUCGUCGUGGGGGUGAAGCUGGCAGAGGCCAUGCGCAAGGUCAAGCGCGGCGAUGACUCUGAUUCGGAUGAUGACGACAAGUCUGGUGCCGUGCCGUGGCGUGCCACCACCAUCGUGCUGUUGAUUCGCUUCUUUAUCUGGCCUGCCGUCGGUGUAUCCGUCAUCUACAUGUUGGCAAAACACACGGGAGUACUCAGCGAAGAUCCGAUCUUGGUAUUCUGCAUGAUGCUCAUGCCCGCUGGACCACCGGCAUUGAAGUUAAUGGCGCUGGCCGAGGUCAACAACAGCAGCGAAAACCAGAAGCUCGCAGUGGCCAAAUUUCUCGCGUUUGCCUAUGCUGUAAGCCCGCUGAUGGCGCUCACGGUAGUGGCCAGCUUGAAGGCAACUGAGAAUGUAGCCUGAGGUGCUUCAUUCAGCCAGCUCCACCGUGCGGUGAAUCGCACUGGCAUUCCAAAAAAGGGGAAUUAAAAGCUUUAUUUGCGGUAUACAAAAUGUCGAGUUGAUAUUAAUAAAGUCCAACUCCGCAACCGAGCCUUG